AUUGUAACCUGUGUGUUCGUGUCCUCCCUCCAGCUGAGUUCAUGCCCAUCCUGGGACUCAACCUGAACCCAGAGUUUAUCUCGGUGUGUAACAACGCCACCUGGGCCAUUGGAGAGAUCGCCAUGCAAAUGGGUGCAGAGAUGCAGCCGUACGUGGGCGUGGUUCUGCCAAACCUUGUAGAGAUCAUCAACAGACCCAACACACCCAAGACUUUGCUGGAAAACACAGCCAUUACCAUCGGCAGACUGGGUUACGUCUGUCCCCAGGAGGUGGCGCCACAGCUGCAGCAGUUCAUCAGACCAUGGUGCACAUCGUUGAGGAAUAUCCGAGAUAACGAGGACAAGGACUCGGCCUUCAGGGGGAUCUGCGUGAUGAUCGGUGUGAACCCUGCAGGCGUGGUGCAGGACUUCAUUUUCUUCUGUGACGCUGUGGCCUCCUGGGUCAACCCCAAGGACGACCUGAGAGACAUGUUUUAUAAGAUCUUGCAUGGCUUCAAGGACCAGGUGGGGGAGGAGAACUGGCAGCAGUUCUCAGAGCAGUUCCCACCUCUGCUGAAGGAGCGCCUGUCUGCCUGCUAUGGCGUUUAACCUGACCUCUUCCUCGUCCACACAGGACACCAACCUGUUAGGUAUGUCCAGCAACCCCCCCUCCC